ACGAUCUCGUUUUGCCACGCACUCACUAUUCAAGCCAACAUCACUCGAGACAUCGGGAUUUGUAUUACAAACGUGUUUGUUAUCGUUAGAAGAGAAAAACGGUAUAUGAUGUUGAAACAUGAUGGUAUUUUGUGAUUGCCUCCAGGUGCUCUUAAUUUUCCAAUGCGAGUUAGAAUGUAUUGUGGUCAUUUUCUGUAAACGUUAUUCCUUUUGGGACUUGGUUGAUACAUCCCGCGGGUUUUCUAUUUUUCCAUACAAAAGAUGCCCUCAUAUCACCAGCUACCGGUGCUGUAGAUCUUGCAGGAUGCAGAUACCAGACCAGAUUGCUGCUCUCGACAAUUGGAAAGUAUACUCUAGCAAACGAGCCAUUCGGGCAAUUCCGAAAUAAUUCGAUCCAGGUAGGCUUAUCGAGUGAGGGGUCAUUCGAUAAGAGAAUCCAUUUCCUUAAACUCCACAACUAGCUUUACUUUUAUACCUUCAACUCUCUCAAUAAUAGGAAUUCCCUCAAUUCAAAGCAAAAAUGUCUCCCUCUCGUACAUCGUCGCCUCCUACUGCUUCUAAAGGCCUCACCAAGGAGCAGCUCGACACCUUUAACAAAGAUGGCUAUCUGAUAAUCCCAAGAGCUCUCUCCCAAGAAACAGUUUCCUCCUUACUAUCCGAAACUCAUUCUAUGUUGAACAAUUUCUCGCUGGACGAUCAUCCUAUGACGAAGUUUAGUACUGGAGAAGGAGAUGACGUUGAACAUGUUGGCGAUAGCUAUUUCUUAGAGAGUGGUGAUAAGAUACGAUUUUUCUUUGAAGAAGACGCACUCUCCCCAAAAGGCGAACUCCUAAAACCCAAACACCUCUCCAUAAACAAAAUCGGGCACGCCCUCCAUUCACUCUCGCCCUCUUUCGCCGCGCUUCUCUCUCCAAAUGCCACUCACUCUCCCUCUCUCAUCGCGCAGUCCCUCGGUUUCAAACAACCCAAAUGUUUGCAAUCAAUGAUAAUUUGCAAGAAUCCCGAAAUUGGCGGCGCAGUCCCUCCUCAUCAAGAUUCCACAUUUUUAUAUACCGACCCACCGAGUGCAGUAGGAUUUUGGUACGCGCUCGAAGAUGCGACGAGGGAAAAUGGAUGUUUGAGUUUUUGGCCUGGGAGUCAUAAGUGGGAGGGGGUGGGGAAGAGGUUUGUGAGGAGGAAAGAUGGUGCGGGGACGGAGUUUGUGGAGAAUGAGGGGGAGAUUUUCCCGAGAGGUUCAGAGAAGAGAGAGAAAGAGGGAGAUGAAAAGAAUGGCAGUUAUGUAAUGGGUGAAGUUAAGGCGGGAGAUUUGGUGCUUAUUCAUGGAAAUUUGUUGCAUAAGAGUGAGAGGAAUACGAGCGAAAAGGGGAGAAUUAUUUACACGUUUCAUGUUAUUGAGGGGGAGAAUGUGUAUGAUGAGAGGAAUUGGUUGCAACCACCUGAGGAGGGUUUUACUAGGCUGUAG